AUGGCUAGUGCACAUCCAACAGAGAUUGCCAAGCAGGCUGUAAAUCGGCGGCCCAAACUAAUCAAGCCGCCAACGUUAUUGGUACAUGUACUGGCGGCAAGUGUGCUUGCUCGUGCCUACUCGACCUCGUGCGUCGGCUGGCUGGCUCGGCUAACGUCUGCGUCGAAUACUUCAAAAAAUAUCCUAAAGCUACGGUAUCAAAAGGUUGUCAGAGCGGUGGAAAUUGUGCUUGUAGCGUCAUUGUCCAUAAGGAUCAAGAUGAGGAGAGUAGGGGUUGGUAGGAGACCAGAAAAAGGGGAUGAGCUGCGAACCGUGAACCUGCUGGUUGUUUUCACGUUUGUUUCUCUCUUGAUCCAUCAAGCACAUCAAGCAUGGCCAUAUCAACCCCCAAUGGAGAAGCGCCCUACAAUGAUGCACACAAGCCCUAUGGCCGCGCUCCUUUGCAUGAGACGGCGCCCGAGUUUGACCAGCCUUCGCGAGAAGCAUUGUUCAACAAAAGCACCGCGAGCGAUCCAGAAGCUCGGCCUUGACAGCUUCCGCAUGUCUGGCUCCUCGUGGUGCACUCUGGGAAGUACGCUGCACGGCCAGACCACUCGUCGGGAUCAUUCACUUCUGCUUGGUUGCUAUAAGCCGGACACUAGUGGCAGGCUGCAUCCCGGAAUUCCAACCACGUCUGACUAUACUAUGAUCUCAGCGAGCAAGCGCAGCAAAGAAAGAUUGAUCACACACGCAAACCUUUGCGAUUGCUACACGCAUUCACCACAGACAUUCUGGCCUUCGCUGACCUCCUUCUAA